AGACUCAAAUACAAGUUCUAAAAAUUAAUAAACUAUUUCAAACCCAAAAGGCCCAAAACUGAACCGAAUUUAAAACCAAACUCAAUACUGUAGAUGCUAAGAAAUUCUCAUUCAAAUGAUUUUAGAAAACCUUUUUAUUUUAUUUUUAUUUAUUGGUCAGUAAGAAAGAUUGUAAAGACGAGAGCCAAUAUUCUUUUCAAUUUCUUCAAGCUCUCACCAAUGGCGGAAACAACUAACGUGAACCAAUCGACCGAUGAAGAAGAAGAUUACAUGGGCGAUCUCUCUCAAUUUUUACCCCCCGAAACCUCCCAGCCUCCAAAUCCUUCUUCCACAAAGGUCUCCAAAAACAAUACCCUGAUUUCCCAAUCCUCGAACAAGAAACCCAAAACCGUGAACUGGAAAGAACAACGUAAGCUCAAGAGAGAACAAAAGCAAGAAGAAGAGGACAAACGAACCCUAGUCAACUUAGAAUCAGCAAUUCCGCAGUCGAAUAUUGGGUUCAAGAUGUUGAAACAAAUGGGUUACACUCCAGGCUCGGCAUUGGGGAAGGAGGGUUUGGGCCGUGCCCAGCCAGUGGGACUCGAGAUUCGGAGGGGUCGAGCCGGGAUAGGCCGGGAGGACCCUAGGAAGGAGAAGUUGAGGAUAGAGGAGGAGAGGGUUGAGAGGAAGAGGAGGAAUGAGGAGGAGAUGAUGGCGGAGUUCGGCUGUCGCCAGAAGGAACAGUGGCGGCACCGGAGAAUUGUAGUGAAUUUUCAUAAGGCAAAGGCGGUGUUGGCGCAGUUGGAGAAUAAGGAGGUUGUGGAAGAGGAGAAGAGCGAAGAGGACGGUGAAGAUGAAGAUGAAGAAGAGGAAGAGAUCACUGAAGAGGAUUUACAAGAUAUACUGAUGAAGCUGAGGGAUGAAUACCGAUACUGCCUCUUCUGUGGAUGUUCGUAUGAAUCGAUGGAGGCACUUCUAUCCAACUGCCCUGGAAUUAACGAAGAUGACCACUAACAAGACUCCAGAAGAAAGACAGCUCUUAUCAGAAAUCCACCAGACUGUGUGGAAUGGACAUGAAUAUAUAUUCUCACUUUUGGCAUGAAAAAACAGGAUACGAGCUGUAAAACGUUCUUUACAGAACUGAGACACCCCAUCGGAUCAAAGUCUGUCAUUUCAGGAAAAAGGGCACCACAUGGUUUCUCAGUUGAACUGUUUCCAAUCAACAGGGAUCGGAAAUUGAUGUGCAUCCAUUCAUAGAACUAGCAAUUGACGCCCAACAGUGGAGAACUAGUUCUGAGCUUCUGCAGUUGUAGAUUUUGCACACAUGUGCUAUAUGUAUUAUGUGGAAGCUAAAAAGUUCACCAACAUUGGACAUUAGCAGAUAAUGACAACAGUAAUGAUGGCUCUAAAUAGUUUUGCUAGUCCUCCAACUAGGAAUACAUGUAGGCCAAGCUGUAUUACAUUCAUAUAGUAGUUGUCUUACAGCCAUCCUUUGAUGAAAUGUCUCUUCUGUAAGUCGAAUUAAUAAAAGUUACUUGCUAAUUGGUUAUGGCAUCAUUUCUGUUUUGGGUCGUUGAA